GCAGGGUCGGCGAGUUUUCCAGAAAGUGGAGGCGAGAUUGGAGAGGAUUUUUCUCGAGGCCGAGCCUGACGGUCACCGCUCGGAUCAUGGCUGGUGGCUGUCUUUCGAAUUCCUCGGCGAUCGAUCCCAAGUGAGAGUCGCAGAGCGCAGACGGGCCGCGGCCCAGGGCAGCGGCGGCCUCCAUUCCUCCGAGCAUAUGACGGACGUAACAGCACCCUUUGCCAAUUCUUCCGUUCUAUAAAGACGGCCUGGCCAAAUGAAGAUAAUGUCAGACGAUGAUCUCUCCUUGGAUUCAAUGGAUACGGAGGAAGAUAUUUUCAGCCCUCGCAAUCGUGGCCUCGCCAUGACUUCAAGGCGGGUUAAGAACCUGCGAACCCUGCGUUCACAUGUUACUCCGAGCAAUCACAUUACUAGGAAUAAUUUGAGCGUCAGGAGGAGUACGAGAAACAGAAUGCAGACCUACGAUAACCUCAACACUAGUUGGAUUUUAGGCACUCAAACCUUAAAGGGUUACCCGAUGUUCCAGCAACAUGGGUCUUCGUCCGACAAGGAAAUGGUGGAUGAGGUUCCUGAGAGAAAACGCGACCUUAGAGAUAGAAUGCCUCUGAGAUCUCGAGAAAAUCACCCACCGAACAAAACUAGCCCUCGACAUAUCAGAGACCGAGGUGACCAUGUCCGACAGACUAGUCGUGAGCUCAGAGACAGACCAGAACGAGACCUCAGAGACAGAACCGAACAGGAUAGGGAUAUUAAAGAGAUUAAAGAGCGACAAGAUCGCGACAGAGCAGAGAGGAAUCUUAAAGAUAAGAGCGAAACUCGGCCCAAGGCAGAGGUUAGGAUUCCCAACGAAGAUAAGGACCUGAAAUCGGAUAGACGAAAGAGCGACAGUCCUUCGAGGUUAAGGGAAGGUCCGGUGACUAGGCUCUGCGGCAGUACCCUGGGGAAGGACGAAAAACCAAAGGUCGAGCAAGAUGAGGCGGACGAAGAGAGUUCUCAAGAGAGCGAAAAGCCUGGGAAUAACGACAAUUCUGAUAACGAAGAUGGGUACGAAGAUAUGUACACCAGAAUUAAACGCACUCGGAGAGCUACUCAACGUCAGCUGCCGAGGGGUAAAAAAUUAACAGUUGUAGAUAGCGAUCUGAGCGAGUCUUCGGACUCUCCUGGUCCCAGGAAGUAUAGUUUGCGUCAAAAGAAACCAGCCGUUGACAGAUUCCAAGCAAACGUGGAACCUGUUAGGCGAUCCAUUAGAGCCCUUAGGAGCGUUCUUAGUAAUUCUAUGAGGAGACGUAAGCAUAGGAGUAAAAGUACAAGUUCUUCCGACUCCAGUGACUCCGAACCCCAACGUUAUGAUAAGAAGAAGGGCAAAAAGGGAAGACAAUCCGCCAUACCUCAAGGUGGCCCUCCCGAUCGCAAGGCAGAUAUAAACCCAGUUACAUUAGACACCAGUAUCAGAUUCAACGACGUCGGCGGCCUUGAGUCUCAUAUACAUUGUCUCAAAGAGAUGGUUGUUUUCCCCAUGAUGUAUCCCGAUGUGUUUGAUCGUUUCCAUAUCACUCCACCGAAAGGUGUUUUAUUCCACGGUCCUCCAGGCACUGGGAAGACACUGAUUGCUCGGGCCCUGGCGAAUGAGUGCAGCCAAGGGUCCAGGAAAGUUUGUUUCUUCAUGCGGAAGGGCGCUGAUUGCCUUUCGAAGUGGGUCGGCGAAUCGGAGAGACAAUUGAGACUGCUUUUCGAACAGGCUCAGCAGAUGAAGCCGUCCAUCAUAUUCUUCGACGAGAUCGACGGCUUGGCUCCUGUUAGAAGCACCAAACAGGACCAGAUUCACGCCAGCAUCGUUUCCACGCUUUUGGCUCUCAUGGAUGGCCUAAGUGACAGAGGAGAGGUAAUCGUGAUUGGGGCGACUAAUAGAAUAGACGCAAUCGAUCCAGCUUUGAGGAGGCCUGGUCGCUUCGACAGAGAACUAUUUUUCCCUUUGCCAGCCAUGAAGGAGAGACUGGAGAUCCUGAAGAUCCACGUCAGCAAGUGGAAAACCCCGCCGACCGAUCAGCUGUUGGAAUUGCUGGCGGAAAAGGCUACCGGAUACUGUGGAUCGGAUUUGCGGGCUUUGUGCACCGAGGCAGUAUUACAGGGACUUAGGAGAACCUAUCCACAGAUUUAUACGACGAGUAAUAGGUUACUGCUGGACCCUGCGCGCGUUGAGGUGAAGAAACGAGACUUCAUGCAAGCGACCUCCAUUCUUGUACCGUCCGCACAUAGAGUGAAGACUUACGUCGGUAGGAAACUGCAACCGUUCAUGGAACCUCUUCUAGGACCCGCUUUGGAGGAAUUAAUCGGCACCGUUAAGGGAACCUUCCCCCAAGGCGUUAAUCCUGCCAUGGCGAAGAUUAAAACUGCGAAGGGCAUUUACCGGCCGAGGUUACUCAUCUCUGGAGGCAACAUGGCGCAAGGUCAGGGUCCCCGUUUAGCCCAAGCUUUGUUGUACCGUAUGGAACAUCUCCCUGUACAAACCCUCGACGUCAGCACACUCUUCGCCGAAAGCGCAAGAUCUCCGGAAGAGACUUGCGUGCAGGUCUUCAACGAGGCCAGCAGGAAUAUACCGUCCAUUAUUUACAUCCCCUCUAUCGACCAAUGGUGGCCACUCGUUCCGGAAACCGUGAAGGCCGUCUUCUUGUGCUGCAUCCGGUCUCUAGAUCCUCCUCUGCCGAUCUUAACUCUGGCCACGAGCGACACUACGUACGAGAAUCUGCCGGCGCAGCUGAAGAGUCUCUUCAGCGAAUUCCGCAACGAGGUUUACACGGCCAGGAACCCGUCGGAGGAGCAGCGGGCUAAGUUCUACAAGCCCAUCUUCAUGGUACAGAGCUUGAAGCCGCCCCAGAUUAAGGACACCAGAGAAGAGGUCCUUGAACAGCUGCCUCUCGCUCCGGACCCGAUACCAAAGAAACUGACGGACCAAGAGAGGAAGCUACUCUAUGAGAAGGAGGAAGUGUCUCUGAGGGAGCUGAGAAUCUUCCUACGGGAAAUUUGUGCCAAACUCGCCAGGAACAGGCAGUUCUUUAUGUUCACGAAGCCCGUCGAUACAGAGGAGGUGCCGGACUACAAUAUGAUCAUCAAACAGCCCAUGGAUCUGGAGACAAUGAUGACCAAAAUCGACAUGCAUUGUUAUCUUUGCGCCCGAGACUUCCUCGAUGACAUUGACCUGAUCUGUCGAAAUGCUUUGGAGUACAAUCCGGACAGCUUGCGCGAUAGGCCAUCCCUUGGAAUAUUGAAGAGGGACCCAGCAGACAAGCUGAUAAGACACCGCGCGUGUUCGCUGAGAGACAACGCCUACGCCCUGAUAAAGGCCGAGCUGGACUCCGACUUCGAGGACAAGUGCCGAGAGAUCUCGAAGAAUCGGAAGGUAGCCGAGGGCUCCAGGACCCCGACGAAGACCUCGAAGAGCGAGCCAGCACCCGGUGCCGAGAGGGUGGAGAAGAAGGAGCUGGCGAGUCCGAGUGGGACCUCGACGACGGUGAACGGGAAGCGGUUCAGCAGCUCCAGGAAGCGAAGAAUACCAGCCUGGGCGAGGGGCUACGUCAAGAAGAUCCAGAAGAAGAAGAAAAUCGCCCCGGAGGACACCGUGUCCGAGGUCAACGGGAAACCCUGCCUGGGAAACGAGGCCUCGGGUGGCAUCGACCUGGAGAUGUUCCAGGAGUUCGAGACGGAGGCCCACAGCGUCUUGAAUGGGCAUGUCACCCUCUUCGACAACACGGACUCCGACGUCGACUCCCAGAACGAGAACUCCAAGGAGAGCCAUCCGCCCGUUCAGGACGCCAAUCAUCCUGGAGAUAGGCUGGUCGACGAGGAGAGGAGCGAGAGGGGCGACAGGAACGACCCUGAGGAGCAGACCCCCAUGGAGGUUGUUGGGUCCUCUAAUGCUUCCUCCAGGAGGGAGAGCCUCGACGAACUACUGUCCUUUGCUAUCGAGAGCGAUUCUGGACCCCAUGCCUGCGAGGAUGGCGACAAAGUCCUCGUCGACAGGCUUGAACUCGAGGCUGCUUUGUAUAGGACUGUCGAGGAAACCGCCGAUGUUCCUAUCGAGGUGCUCUGCGACAUCUAUGUUCAACUCAGCAGGUGCAUCGGCAGGUACGCCCGCCUCUACGACAGAACGUCACUGCCAAAGGAUUUGCUCAAGGAACUACAGAGGUUUGAACAGUACAAGGUGACGUCGUGCGAGAGGACGUCGCAGCACGCCGCCGACCAAACGGACGUUCCAUAGACACGUUUCCCUAGGCGUUCUCCCUAGGAUCACGGUCGCAAGGAGGACCUUCUUUUGUAUACUCAAUGCGACGAGAGUGGAGAGUCCCGGGUCACCGUUUUCCGCAACUCGGAGCUCGCGAUAACCGCCCUCUCCUUAGAUAAUAACCGUUCGCGAAACUGCCGAUCCCUUAGGUGUAAAUUAGCGCUAGUUAAUGAUCGACUGGCGAUCGAUUUCGGCGAGAGAGUUAACGGGAACCUCUAAAAAGAAAAGCCGGGACCGAAGGCCCCACCUAGGCGGAGAGUGUACAUUCGUUCUAUUUAUACGCAGCGGUCUAGCUCGAUUUUACUCGAUUUUAUUUCCUUUUAUUCCGAGUUUCUAUUCCCCCCCUUUUUUUUUGUUGUUUCGUUUUUCCCGUUCGUCCUUGUCGUUUAUUUUUAUUCUUAUUUUUUUUUUCUAGAAAAACAUUUUAUUUACAAACCGCCGGUGAAGGGGUUCCCUUUUUACGUUACGAUUUUCCCUAACAGAAGGAACUAACGUCUUAACACGACUCUCUCUUCCCUUUCGUCCGUUUCGUUCCUUCGUGGUCCGCUGGCGGCGCUGAUGUUCCGUCUCGCCAGCAUGGCGUUGGUACUCCUGUGUGUUAUUGGUAGAGUCCUUAGUGCGUUGUAUUGCCCGAACCAUAUAACCGAUGAUUACAUUCUCUGGGAAUUUAUGAGAAUUGAAUCUUUUUCUUUUUUUUCUUUUUUUUAAUAACAUUUAUGUUAUUUUCAAUCAUUUCAACUGUGAGGGGUUAUUAUGCCGAGUGCAAAUUAUAAUUGCAUUACUCAUGAUCUUAGCUUUUUAAACUUCCAAUAAGUGGGUAAGCCACGAUUAAUUGGUUAACCUAACCUCAAUUUUUGUACAUCUUGACAAACCCGGAGUGGAGUAAAAUAGAGAUUUACGUAUGGUAGGAAGAGGCGUGUAGAUACGUUUAUGCACGCGUGUAGACGUGUAUAGACGUAUAUAAACGUGUAUAAACCUAUAUAAACGGGUACCAUGGGUAAGGCAAAGAACACAUGCAAUUUGCUACAUAUCGCCAAAAAAUUAACCCUUUUAACUGCGGAGGGCUGAAAAAAAAAAGAAUACGCCAAUCGAGCAACAUAAUGUUAAUAAACAAGUAACAUUUAGGCGCUCUUUGCAGUCAAAGGAUUAAGAAACAUGGUUACAGUGCCGCCGUCAAUUGGCUAACCUCUAAAAAGCGUGCAUACAUGCCAGCGCCACCUGGUUACUUUACUUCCAAGUUCAGGGACGACAAAGUUGCGGUAAUUGAUAUCUCCGUUUCUUUAGGUCCACCUAGUGACUCGCGUAAAAUUAAAUGACGUCUUUUUACUGUUUAUAAUUUACCUAGUAAAGACGUUUUUUAAUGUUAUAACUAGUUAACUGCGUAUGCGUCGAAGCAGAACUGCAUUUCGCUAAAUCCUGCGGUGAACUGGAUAAAAGUGGGGUUAUGAGUACCUGCUACGGAGUACACCCAGCGCCGCCUGGAAGACGGAACACGAAUGACUAAUUUAUUUCAUUAACCAAAGCUUAAUUAGAAGGAGAAAGAGAGAAAUAGAGCUCACGUUGAGCCUCGGGCCUAGGGACAUGGAGAUGGGGCGGUCGGACGCGAUUGUGAAUGAAAUACCUCUGUAAAACUGGGAUAAGUUAGUGUAAUAACGAGUAGCUUUGUAAUCUAGGGAAAGCGCGCUAAUUGGGAGUCCCUCUGGUUGAAUCUUUCCUGCUCGCGAGGUUAUGUCCGAGAGAGGCCUCGAUUUAAGGACCUGAUUAAGCGAGUCGGCCAUCUUGGAUUGCGUCAUCCGACGCCUAAAAAAUUGACAACGGGCAUUUAGCCACAUUUUUUAUAUUUCGGUUGAUGUAAAAGUGUCACAAUGUUCAGUUGUAGUGUAAAAUCUGCCAGUCAGACUGCAUUUACAAUAUAUUGUGUUUACUAUCGAAUUGUUAUGUCGGAGUCUAAAGGUGGCGUGAAUGUAAAUUGCGCAGAAUACGCACUAGCAAUUUCACCCGAUUUCCUGGCCUCUGGCGUUAAAAUUCAAUAUGGCCGAUUCGCUUUUACUGGGCAUUUAAGGUGGUAUAAAAGUGCCGUCUGAGGGAUCUUGUUUAUAACUUUUCUCUUAACUGGGUGUGCUGAUUCGUUAAAAAUUUUGCUACGUGGAUAUGAAGGCCCGAAGGAAGGUUCGGGCGGCCAUGCAAUUUCAAUUUUCUUUCUCGUUUAUUUAUACUAAUUUUUUUGAAACACUUGAAUUAAAUUGAAAUUCCCAGUGUCGAAACCUUUAUCAGGGCUUCCUUAUUGACGUGGUGAAAUUUUAAAUAAUUCGAUACACCCUAUUCAAAGAAUAAUUACAUAAAGGAUUCCUCAGAUAUCACUUUUAUAUCGCCUUAAGGGGAUAUAAAAGUAGCGUCUGAGAGGUAUCAUUCACUUUUUCUUCGAACUGAAUUUCCAGAAACAUUUAAAAUUUCAACACAUCGUUGCGAAGGCCCUAAGGGAGGUCCCGACACUCAUAAAAUUUCAUUAUUCCAUCUCAUUUAUUUAUAAACAUUUGAACAAAUCUUGAAAUCUCCAGUGUCGAGACCUUCAUCAGCGCUCCCAUGUUCACAUGAUGAAAUCUCAAUGAAUUCGGUACACCCAAUUAAAAAAAAAAGUUACAUAAAUGAUUAAUUCCUCAGAUAUCACUUUCAUAUCGCCUUAAGUCAUUAUCAGGACGCGAAAUAUUUCCGCGUUCCUCCACGGCGAAGCGAGGACGAUCCCGAGGGACGUCUCACUGGCGAGGGAUAAGUUACCACACGUUGAAAAUAGGAAAAGUCCGUUAGUUUAUUUUCUAGGGCGAGAAAGCUUGUCGGCGGCGUUUCUCCCCCCUGUCCGAAUUUUCUUCUUUCUUUUCCGUUUUUUCUCCGCCAUUUCUAUCUUCGUAAUCCGAGGAAGGCGAAGAAGUAUUGAUCUCUCCGUAGCGUGCGAGAACAACCUUUCUCAUCCUUUUUAAAUUCUUUUCUCGUGAAAGAAACGUCCCGAUCAUUGGUAAUCGCUUAGGGAGAAGAUUGUAGUCGCUUAGGAAUCCUCAUUAAAAAAGAAAAGGAAAUUAAGAAAGACAUUAGGCUCGUAAUUCAAGCAGCGGCUUGCGAAUCGUCGCGUCGUUGCGUCACAACUUCAGGCCCGCGUUCGAAAUGCGCGCCUUAGGCGAAUUUUUUAGGUUUAAGGUGUUAUGAAAGGGUCUGCCUAUAUAUAUCGAGAGGUCAAAUAGUUCGUUAAAGUAUUCUAAUUCGGCUUUCGCGGGAAAUUUCAGUGUUUGUAGCGAAAUUCGUUUAUCUAUCAUGGACUAGAACCAACAUGGCGUCGUCCGUCGUCAACGUGGCGUGGUCUGCGCACGUUUAUGAUGUUUUACGCCUUUUCAGGACUUAGAAUCGAAAAUUAAGAGUUCCUGGACCUGGCUCGAACAAUUUAGAAUAUUAUAGACAUGCAAUGUUACGGAGUCAGGUGGGAAGAUAUGGGAAAUACUUAAAGGGACGAUUGAAAGAGAAGGCUGUCUUGGAACGCGGGUAAGGCGUUUUCAAACCGAAACUUUAGUUCCCGCUAAACGUCGCAGAUGGCGCCGUGGGUCCGUUAGAGUAUUAAAAAUCAUAAAUCCUCGGGAUUUCGACAGUUUUACUACAUUCUCUUUAUAAUCGUUUUAUUUAAAUGACAUGUGAAGGGCCAUUUUGCAUAAUUCUUCAUGUAGAGUGCAACGAACAUCUACAUAAAUGUAAAUCUUGGUAACGUGGCGCGUCAGAUUACGUUAUCACUUGAAUAUCCAAAAUGGCGUUAUCACCAUAAAGUGUACAGAUGAAUUUCACUUAAUCGACGUCGAUUUAUAUAUCAUGACCCUUUCAUUACACCUUAAAGCGACGUUGCUAAUUAGGAAACAAUUAGCGCGGCCAUUCGAGGGUUUACGAAUUACAUUUUCAGGAAUCGAGACGCGAUGUGCGACAUCUACCGACUAAGUACACUGGGAGACAUCAAUGCCCUCCCAUCCUGCACAGGCGAUGUCGUACCUGCAGG